AUGCCAAGAGACAAAGCAGUGUGCGAUAUUUUAGAUGCUUCAUUUUAUAAAUCACCGUACCGUGACAGAAGGAAUGAUUUUACUCCACGGGAAUUAUCUCAAUGUCUAAAAGAAACGACCACUUUAUACAUCGGGAAUUUGUCUUUCUAUACUCGUGAAGAACAAAUCUGGGAACUAUUUAGCCGAGCCGGCGAAAUCAAGCGCGUUAUCAUGGGCUUACACAGAUUUGAUAAAACUCCAUGUGGGUUUUGUUUUGUGGAAUAUUGUACACGAGACGGUGCGGAAAUGGCCAUGAGAUACAUUAACAAAACCCGAUUAGAUGAUCGAAUAAUUCGCACAGACUGGGAUGCGGGUUUCGAGGAAGGAAGACAGUAUGGCCGGGGAAGAAGUGGUGGACAGGUACGGGAUGAAUUCCGCAAAGAUUAUGAUGCCGAACGAGGUGGUUAUGGGAAGUUGGCUCAACGAGAAGGAGAAUAG